GUCUUUUUGUCAGGGUGGUGGAAUAUUGGUUGGCAUCCACCAUGCAUAUUCAUUCUGCAAACUGAAACUUUCAUACUAUCAACAGAGUUAAUGAUGAAAAUAACUCUUUUAGUAUUCUUGGUGAUUUCAUUUGUAUUAUUACUCUUCCUAUCAAGAUGGACUACAAAUCCAUUGCUAAGCAUUACUACUCAUAGUCUUACUGCCCCAGAGUGCUCCGAAUGUCCUAAAACGACGGCGACGGACAUUGUUGGCGAGGGUCUUUAUGAUACCAACAUUUCUCAUAUACUUUUUGGUAUAGGAGGUUCAACAAAGACAUGGGCAUCUCGAAAACAUCAUACAAAGUUAUGGUGGAAACCAAACGUAACUCGUGGAUUUGUGUGGUUAGAUGAAAAGCCGAACAAAGAAUGGCCAAAUGAUUCGCCUCCGUAUCGGGUUUCUCACGGUACGGGCAGAUUCAAGUACGGUUCUAGGACGUCGAAUCGAAUAGCUAGAAUUGUGUUGGAGAGUUACAGAUUAAAGAUGAAGAAUGUGAGAUGGUUUGUCAUGUGCGAUGAUGAUACUGUUUUUUUCACUGAAAAUUUAGUCACGGUGUUAGCGAAGUACGACCACAAUCAAAUGUAUUAUAUCGGUGGGAAUUCAGAGAGUGUUGAACAAGAUAUGAUGCAUACUUAUGGCUUAGGCUUUGGUGGUGCUGGUUUUGCUAUCAGUUAUCCUUUGGUGUUGCAGCUAGUGAAAAUACUGGAUGGGUGCAUUGAUAGGUACUCUUAUAUGCAUGGUUCUGAUGAGAAAAUUGGUGCUUGCUUGGAUGAGAUUGGGGUUCCUCUAACCAUAGAACUUGGCUUCCAUCAGGUUGAUCUUCGAGGGCAUCUGUACGGUUUAUUAGCUGCGCACCCAAUCACACCACUUGUCUCCUUGCAUCACCUGGACGAUGUGAUGCCAAUUUUUCCAGCUAGUGCUAAUCAAAUUGAUUCAAUGGAAAAGCUGGUGGGUGCAUACAUAUUGGACCCAGGACGAAUCUUACAGCAAAGUAUCUGCCAUGAUUUGAAACGGAAUUGGUCUGUGUCGGUGUCUUGGGGUUACACUGUUCAGAUAUAUCCUUGGUUAGUGUCAGCUAAUGUACUCGGAAUUGCAUUUCAGACGUUUCAAACGUGGAAUAGAAGAAAUGAACCUUUCACAUUCAAUACUCGUCCGGUGAGUCCUGAACCUUGUGAUCGACCACUUGUUUAUUUCCUAGACAAGUUAAACAAUGGCGACGGAGUUGGAGACAAUUACAGAACCAUGACUUCGUAUAAGAGGCUUGUACCUGAGUUAGGAGGGAUCAACUGUAACCGAGCUGACUUCCGUUCGGCUUUGGCUUUACAUAGUGUUAGUGUUACAGCGCCAAGGAUGGACCCGAUCGAGUGGAGCAAGGCACCUCGUAGACAAUGCUGCGAGAUUAUCAGCCCCAUGGACGGAGCCGAUAACAUCAUUUUUCAGAUAAGCAGUAAAAGGUGCAAUUUGUUAUCUUUCCAUUAGAUGUGAAACUUUGCCAUUUUACUAGAGAUGCAACGUAG